AUGGCUUUCAAUGAACGUGGGGGAGUGGGUGUGAGUGCCACUAGGGAGCCUUUGUUGCAUUCGAAUUCGCACCAGAUUGGUUUUGCUGCUUCGACCGCCAGUUCUACAGCUUCUCCGCAUUUUCGCCGACAACAGUCAAUACCUUCUCCACAAAACAUCCCAGAUUCCACGUCAAAAACCGGUUCGUCUCGGGAGAAUUCUAGCGACAGUACAACAGUCAAUCUGGACCUUUCUACAGCGCAGUAUUUUGCUCGGAAGGAGCUUCUCAGUGGCUCCUUCGAGCGCCUCGGCCGUGUCCACAAGAUACCCGAAGAGUCUCCGGAGGACAUGCAAAAAAAGGACCCCCUGGCAACUCAAGUAUGGAAAUUGUAUAGCAAACAAAAGAACGUGCUCCCAAACGCGGAGCGUAUGGAGAAUUUGACCUGGAGAAUGAUGGCAAUGACAUUACGAAAGGAACAGAUGCAAGCCCGAGCGGCGAAAGACGCAUCAUACGGCAAAAUUGGGGGAAUAUCUGCCGCAGCUCGGUCAACAAAUAGCAAACCUGCUUCAUCCGCCAGUGCACAGUACAGUACCCUAUCAGAGUCUGACUCCAUGUUUAUGGAGGAUCUGACCUUUACCUCACCUUCAUCUAUGGUUGGCUCCCCCGGAGGAGUAUCGAGUUGUGGGAUCGCACAUUCUCCAAGCAGUGACAACCUUCUCACGUCCUCUCACGCUACGGCUUCUGCGAUCCCAAUAAAAGGAAGCCGUGAGAAGGAACUGAUGAUUAACGCCCACUUGCCUCCCGCCUCGGCUCCCCAACGUCACUUUGAUACUAAUCGUGGAGAGUUUGACUAUGUUAAGCGUAGGAUACGGAAAACCAGUGUGGAUGAACGUCGGCCACCAAAGCGGCCCGCUGACUUCUCCCCACAUGUUCCACCUGUCACCGGUAUCAUGAUCCCUAACGAUCCUGACCCGGAUACUGAGCUUGGGGACUAUCGGCUGGAUCAUGAUAGCCAUUCAUUCUCCCUUUCCCAAUCCCAGUCCCAUCCGUUUUCGCUCGACACCUCUGUCGAUUCUAAUGAGUACCUCACCUCUGCUGGACCGUACCAGAACAACUUUACGUUCUCUCCGGUACAUUCGCCGCUUCUCACAACCGGCCCUUUCUCGUCGAGUAUGUACAACAAUACAGCGAUUGCAUCCUCUGUAGCCUCGAAUGAUUUUUAUUCACCACCGGCUUCAGCCAAUCAAUCAGUUGUAUCUACCCCACACCCUCUCACCGAAAGCCAUGGCAGCAAUUUCUUUGACCAAGUAAACCUGGAAAGCCGGGUGCAAGGCCACCCCAUACCUGGUUUCGGGCACAGCUCUCGUAAUAGCACUCUGCCCAAUAGCCUUGCUUCCAGUGACUACUACUAUCACGAUCCUGUUCUUAGUGCCAACCCUUCGGCUCCACAUUCAGGGUUCCCGUCGCCUAGAGGGUAUAGUGGGUUUCAACAUGUGAACCCAUCCCAGGUCUUGAGGGCGGAUUUCAGCCUCACGAAGUCUUCCGGAUCUACCGGGGCGAGAAAUGAAAAUAUUUUUUCUUUUGGGGCUGAUUCGGACUACGAGGACGAGGGUAACGAACUCGACCGUAUGCAAAUUCAGACAGAUUUAGGUUCUAUGGACGAUCACUCCAUGGAUAUGCAUUCAGGUAUCCAACCAUUCGGAGGAGAAUGGGGGCGAAGCGGUGCACCGGGGCAGAAUCCUCGGUAUGCCAAUGGGCGAUUCCCUGGGGGACAAAAGACCGUUAGGAUUGGAGGAGCUGAGACUGCCCCUUCCCCCCAGGAAUGGAACGUUAGUAGUGGGAACCAUAGCCGGUCGCAUUCAAUCACCGCUUCGGUGAGCGACAUGCGGAACCGGGUGCAGGAUCCGAAUGGAGCCCGAAGACAGAAGAUCGCCCGCACGAGUUCGGCACCGAAUGCCCCUCAGCUAGCUUUAUCAUCCAUGAGCCAAAGAGCCCAGUCUAGCCCGAAUACACCACCAGAAUCUGGAUUUAGCUCUGCGGAGCCGUCCCGACCUGCGACACCAGACGGCCAAAAGAAUGGAGCCGCAGGUGGUGCAAACGCUUUGCCGACUACCUGUACAAAUUGCUUCACUCAAACCACGCCCUUAUGGAGGAGAAAUCCUGAGGGACACCCACUUUGCAACGCGUGUGGACUAUUCCUCAAGUUACACGGCGUAGUGCGCCCGCUAUCUUUGAAGACAGAUGUUAUCAAAAAGCGCAAUCGAGGCAGUGGCAGCUCAUUACCUGUAGGGGGAAGUGCAUCAACUCGGUCUUCGAAGAAGACUGGACGGAAAAACUCUCUAGUACAGACCCCGGUGACAACACCCAUUUCAACUCAAUCCAAGAGCCUUGCCGGGUCUGAAUCACCUCCAUCUGGGUUAUCCAAUGGCUCCAACGUUAGCACUCCGACAAAUAUUCAAACGAUGGGCACCUCUGGGCAAGGCAGUAAGUCAAACGUUAUACCGAUCGCAGCAGCGCCCCCUAAGAACGGUUUACAGAACCCAGUUUCACGGCCACUUGCUGCGGCACCUAAGCGACAACGAAGGGAUUCUAAGGUUCAUAACCAGUUUCAAGGCAGUGAAGAUGGUGAUACCAUGGAUGAAUCACUUAAUGGCAGCAAGAAGAAAGACAAGUCUAUACCACCAAGCUUGCAGCCCACCCCCUCAAUCCUCCACAACACGACUCAUCAUACCCCAAUAGCUCCUGCCGUCAUUACCCCAACCACCAACGGUUCAGGUACUCAGGAAUGGGAAUGGCUCACGAUGUCUCUUUAAUCCGGUGGUUUUCAUGACUGGUUUAUUUCUUAUAUCUUGUACACAGGUGUUUUUCCAAUUCCUUUUGUGCGGCGUAGAGGACGCUUAUAGGUCAGGAGAUUUUCUUUCGGUUGGAUUUUCACUCCCUGAGUAGGCAAAUAACGGGGCUGGAUUCCGAUUUACUUUUGUAUCACUGUAGUUAAUUGUGCUUGUUUGGAGUGGUUGGCCGGCUGGGGAUAUGUGGUCUUUCGUGGAGAUUUUGAGUGUAUAUUUUUCUUACCCGUUACCUGGUCUGACUGGGUUGCUUCCGCUCUGUUCCCCCGUUCUUUGGCUCAUUGGAUUGCUCUCUUGACAAUGGCGGUUUCUAUAUAUUUCAUGAGGCUCUAUUUCUUCGACGUCUUUUUGUUUCAUCUGUUCCCUCCCCUUAAAUAGAACGGUGGUAUUUUGGGGGUAAUUUUUCUGGGAGAGAAGAGAUGUUGUUUCCCAUCCUCUUCUCGCAUAUAGGUUAACUUCUAUUUACUAGUAUUUGAUGGGGGGGAUGGCAUUAUUUUUACGAAUGUGAUAUAUUUCUUGUUUAUCCGUUUCAUUCUUUUACUUUU